CUCAGGGCAGGAACACCCAACGCGCGCUAGUUUGCACUUCUUGUACUACGUCACUUCCUCCCUCCUCUCUCUCGCUUCCAUCUUGCUCCCCGCAUGUGUUUGCUGUUAGUUUACAGAUGAAAGAAGCAAUAAUGAAUCAAGAAAAACUUGCAAAGUUACAAGCGCAAGUCCGCAUUGGUGGAAAGGGAACAGCUCGCAGAAAGAAGAAGGUGGUCCACAGAACAGCAACCGCAGAUGACAAGAAGCUACAGUUCUCCUUAAAGAAACUCGGUGUGAACAACAUCUCCGGCAUUGAGGAGGUCAACAUGUUUACAAAUCAAGGAACAGUCAUCCAUUUCAACAAUCCCAAAGUGCAGGCCUCCCUCGCAGCCAACACCUUCACCAUCACUGGCCACGCUGAGACCAAACAGCUGACUGAGAUGCUGCCAGGCAUCCUGAACCAGCUGGGAGCAGACAGCUUGACGAGCCUCAGGAGACUCGCCGAGGCUCUGCCUAAACAAGCUGCAGAUGGAAAAGCGCCAAUUGCUGCAGUAGAAGAAGAAGAUGAUGUUCCAGAUCUGGUGGAGAAUUUCGAUGAAGCAUCCAAAGACGAGGCCAACUAGAGGGGACGGGACUCCAGAGUGUCGAAACUUGACAGGACCACGUGGGGCACAAGAUGUUGUAAUGUCUUUUUUCAAGGGGUGGAAAGUUUAACAGUUGAAGUACCUGAGAAGAUGGAAAAACACGUCAAAUUCUUUUUGGCUUGUGAGCAUUCUGUAACAUGUGCAACACCUGAAAGUACUUGCAUACUCUUAAGUGAAUUAUUUUUGAGUAACUUUUUUUAGAAUAGUACUCUGUAUUAAAUCUUGAGUAGCAGUAUUUCCGUGAAAGGUAUUUUAGUACUCAUUCCACCUCCCCUUUGCCACCAGACUUCCUUAAUGCUUGUUGUGCUGUGUGGUCGGAGUGAGAGAGUGUUUGUAAAAAUGUGGUGUUAAAGGCUCACGUUGUCCUUCUGUUUCCUCCAUGUUACUGACCCCCUAAAUCUGUGGCCUCCCUAAAAACACCAUAUCUGGAAUAAACCUUUGCUACUGUCAAUAAAUAGCUAAAAAUUC